AUGUUCAACAAAUCAAAAUAUCGCAACUGCACAGUAACCACUGGAAAGAAGAACUGGUACUCAUUUGCUAGUAAUACUGCCAUUCAUGUAUCCGGUAGUGAGCCAUGUCCUAUCAAGGCCACAAAGAGUCUUGUUGCGUUUCGUUCAGGUAACUUGGGAGGUGCUGUAGGUGUUCAUCUGCUGGCAAAUGCAGGCCGUUCCGAUACUGUUCUUAGUUUUCAAAACGGGGCUCGAAUUACUGACUUGGAUUGGGCGCCUUGGAAUUUGAGUGAUGGAUUUGUUCUCAGCACAGGGGAUGAGACUGGUGCAGUCAAGCUAUGGCAUGUUCCAUGCAGUGCAUCAGAAUUAAACAAUACAUCUGGACUAGCGCUACCAGAUCUCCCUGCGCUAACAUUGCCAGCUGAACUAAAACACAUAGAAACUGUCAUGUUUCAUCCGAUUGCUUGCAAUCUACUGUCGGUAGCAUCAGCAGCCCAAGUCAAACUUUGGGAUAUUAGCCAUGAAACUAUGGCAAUUACUCUGGACUGUUCGGAAGUAGUCCAGACAAUCAGCUGGUUGUUAGAUGAUGCUGAUUCUAUUUGGAUGCUUCUUGAUCGUUCAAUUCUGCAUAGGAAGGAAGAUGGACAGCUUCUGGUUUCUAUUUCAAAAGAUAAUAUGCUGCGCGUGUUUGAUCCUCGUGUCGGAUCCACUCCAAUCAAAUCUGUCAAUUCUCAUAAUGGAAUCAAACCUAGCAGAGUGGUCUGGGCAGGUGCAUCGAAUAUGACCUUUUCAACUGGUUUCAAUUCAAAACGAGAUCGAGAAUAUUCCAUCUGGGAUUUCAGGAAUUUUACUCAGUCGCUUGUUACCAACAAAUUGGAUACAUCUCCUGGCAUUCUGACUCCGCUUUAUGAUUCAGACACCAAAAUGAUGUUUCUUUCUGGAAAGGGCGACACUAGUGUUUGGUGGCUAGAACUCAAGCCAGAAAACGAAAAAUCACCCGUUGAUGUUGGAGUGUAUCCCUAUGUUGGAAGUAUCACAUUUUCUGGUGCAUGUCUUGUACCCAAGCUCGGUUUGGAUAUAAUGGGAUGUGAAGUUGCUCGAGUUUUAAAUGUAGCAUCUGAUGGCUCCAACAUCAUCCCUGUAUCUGCUGUUGUACCGCGUAAAACCCAUGCCGACUUCCACGCCGAUAUCUUUCCCGAUACUCGCGAAGAUAUUCCUCAAGUGGCAGUUACUGAAUGGCUGACUGGCAUCAAUACCACUCCUCGUAUUGUUUCACUUGAUCCAGCAAAAAGGCAAAGUUUUGCUCCAGUGACUACGACUGAAUCAACUGCUUCUUUAUCCACACUCCCAAACCAAAUACAACCUUUAUUGGAUUCCACUAAAAACUCCAUAUCGGAUAUACAGAUGCAAAUCAAUACACCUGAUUCAGCUUCUACUACUAUACCAACGGCAAUUAAAAAUUCUGCCAAGGUUAAUCUACCCAAACACUCUGCUUACAGAUUUAUCACUGGCAAAUCCAAUACCGAUUAUGAUGACCUAAAAGGACUGAGUGUCAAUUUUCCUAAUGAGACAGAUGCAUUUCAGAUCAAUUCAAAAUUUAUUGCAUUUUCAAUUUCUGGUCCUGGCGGUCGUGUUGGUGUGUGGCCCGUUGAAUCCAAAGGUCGUUUUCCAGUUAAAAUUCCAUGCAUUGUAAAUGGAUCAGAAAUGCUAGAUUUUAGACUGGAUCCAUUCAAUGUGCAUCGAUUGAUUACGGGCUGUGAGGAUGGACGUAUCCGUAUUUUUGAUUUGCCUGCUAACGGACUAACUGAUGAUCUUUAUCAAGAAAACAACUUUUUCCCUGCGCAUAAUGGUCGAGUUGUUCUUUUACAAUUUCAUCCAAUGGCGUUAGAUAUUAUCAUGUCCUAUUCACCUGAACAAGACUCACCACUGAUUAAGAUUUGGAAUAUUUGCACCAAGAAACUUAUUUCUACCAUGACACUUCCUGAUCAAGCACUUAGUGUGGCAUUCAGUUAUGAUGGAAACUGUAUUGCAGCGAUUUUGCGUGAUAAAACCAUUCGUGUUUAUGACAGUCACACUGGACUAGAGCUUCAAAGUGGACCAUCGCACCAAGGAACCAAAGCUGCACGUAUUUUAUGGAUUGGCGAUACUGGACGACUGGUUUCCGUGGGAUAUGCCAGAGCAAACCAGCGAGAAAUUAUUCAAUACGAUAGUCAGAAUCUGACACUGCCUGUUUGUUCCACUCCACUUGACACGUCACCUAGCAUGCUGAUUCCCUUUUAUGAUCACGACACAGGUCUUCUCAUUCUUUGUGGUCGAGGAGAGUCUGUUGUCACAUUUUAUCACCUUUCUACCGAACCCGAGCCGCUAUUUCUCACUCGCUACAGUGUUCCUGGUGGAAUCCGGCAACUAUCUAUGGCACUAUUACCUAAACGGCAUUGUAACGUCAAGGAAAUUGAAGUUUUGAAGGGAUUUAGGCUUACUCCAACGUCGGUGGAAAGUAUUUCAUUUACAGUACCAAGACUACAGAAAGAGUAUUUCCAAGAUGAUAUUUUUGUAUCAACGAGAGAUGUUGAAAAUCCGGCUUUAUCUGCUGAUGAAUGGACAAUGAAGAAAUCGGGAACAGUCAAACUGAUUGAUCUUAAACCAGCAGAUAUGCAACUGUUAUCUACUGCACCAGUUGAGCAAAAGGUGAUUCGAAAAACUGUUGAUUUAGUUGUUGAGCAAACCGAGUAUGAGCGAAAGGAAGCAAGUAUAAAAGCCAUGUUUGAUAUAGCCAUGGAAAAAUCAAAACAAGGCCCGUUACCACAAGAUUUGAUUGAAGGUGUUGCGGAUGACGAAUGGGAUUAA